AUGAAAAGGAGGCGGACUUCAUAUCUGUUUUAUUGAGUUUCUUUUUUUUCUUCUGUCAUAUCUCAUCCCGCACGCACUGUGGGGCUGCUGAAUUCCUAAAAAAAAAAAAAAAAAAGCGCGGAACCAGCGUGGAGACCCCUCGCUGGUGGGCAUGACUCUGGACUCCGGUUUGCUGAUAAAGUGCACCGACUUGUUUUGGAAACAUCGCACCGGCCGAGAGAAGACUGUGUGUGGGAGACGGCAGAGCGGUCCUGCCCCCCUUUCAAUGACCAACCUUCAGUGCCAGUGGUAAAAGCCUCGCUGGUUGGUUACCAUGGACAGCUACCACGAGUAGAGAUGCUGCCUUGCGCCUGGUCUGUAGAGUAACGCUUUCAUCAUGCCCGACCGGCGGUGCUCCACCUCGAGGGUCUCGGUUGCCUGAUAUUAACGUUACGGGCCUGCUUUUUCCAUCUGGAAAUUUCUUGGCAGGGGGGGAAAGCAGGCCAGCUAGCACCGCUAGCGUUAGCCUUCUCCUUUCUGCACCUCUGGGCUUUUUAAUGCAGCAGGGGUUUCCAUGACUACACAAUCGAAACCCCCUUUCUUCCCCUGUCACUCCGAGGACAUUUUUUAAUCCACCGAGGCAUUUUAUGGGAUUCAUAUCGGCGAAAGAGACGCGGGCCUGAGCCAAAAUGGUGAACUGGAGGCGGCUGCUGCGAAUGUCCAACCGAUCGUUUCUGGCCUUCAUAUUCUUCUUCUCCAUGUCCACCACUUGUCUCUACUUCAUCUACGUGGCCCCCGGGAUAGCCAACACAUACUUCUUCAUGGUGCAGGCUCAGGGCAUCAUGUUGAGGGACAAUGUGAGGACCAUCGGCCAAAUGAUCCGAUUAUACACCAACAAGAACAACACCCUCAACGGAACGGACUAUCCUGAUGGCAGUAACUCCAGUGAGUACCUGGUCCAGCCAACGACGUACCUCCCUGAGAACUUCACCUACGCCCAGAACCUCCCCUGCCCAGAGCGAUUACCUUCUAUGAAGGGCCUUAUGGAAGUCAAUAUGACGGAGAUCCCUGUUGAAGAGAAAGAAGUCAAGUUCUCCAAGUUUUUUGACAUUGAUUUUGGAGGCCACUGGAAACCAAAGGACUGCAGACCUCGCUGGAAGGUGGCCAUCUUGAUUCCAUUCAGAAACCGCCACGAACAUCUCCCCAUCCUCUUCCAGCACCUCAUCCCCAUGCUGCAGAGACAGCGGCUGCAGUUUGCCUUCUAUGUCAUAGAACAGAGCGGGAGCCAGCCCUUCAACAGAGCAAUGCUGUUUAAUGUGGGGUUCCUGGAGGCCAUGAAGGACCUGGACUGGGACUGCUUGAUCUUCCAUGAUGUUGACCACAUCCCAGAGAACGAUCGAAACUACUACGGCUGUGGUCAGAUGCCACGCCACUUUGCUGCCAAGCUGGACAAAUACAUGUACAUCCUUCCAUACAGCGAGUUCUUCGGCGGCGUGAGUGGACUCACUGUGGAGCAGUUUCGUAAGAUUAAUGGUUUUCCCAAUGCAUUCUGGGGCUGGGGAGGAGAAGAUGAUGACUUGUGGAACAGGGUUCACUAUGCCGGUCUGAAUGUCACACGACCAGAGGGAGAGAUCGGAAAGUACAGGUCUAUUCCUCACCACCACAGAGGAGAGGUGCAGUUCCUCGGGAGGUAUAAACUCCUGAGGUAUUCCAAAGAGCGGCAACACUUGGACGGCCUCAACAACCUUCAUUACACCCCCCAGAGCUCCCUCAGCAGCCUCUACAAGAACAUCACAGUGGACCUGUAUCCCGAGCUCGCCCCUAUCGCAGACUACUGAACUGCCCCCACCGACCCGACACCACCC